AUGGCUUCCACGGGAUGCAUGGACCGUCCUGAGGGUCUCUCUGACACACCUCCUCACCCCGGUCACCCACAACCUGGGCUACCUCCGGAUCAACGCCUCCCCGAAGCACCUCUCCAGACGCCGAGCCAGGACCACUACGCCAUGGCGGCGUUCGCGCUCGUCGCGGCUGGUUUCCCGUGGCAGGUGUUCCCUCUUACGAGGGCCGCUGGCCUGCUGACGGCAGCCAAGCUGCUCGUGCUUUUCCUGUGCGUCGCCUUUCUUCCGGGUCUCGCCAGUCACAACGCCAAAGCCAUAAUUAAGGCCGUGAUCUCAACGAUCCACGCUGUCGUCUUGAUGGUCUGGUUUCCCCUUCCGGCCUUGUUUAGCGCACUUCGUGUGCAAGGUGCUGGCGCCAGACGGAGCAACGCAGAUGAGGGGGUUGAGGUAGGAAUCUGA